AUCAGACAGAACUCCACCUCGCAGUCUUGAACCAGAAGCACAACCCCUGAAGAGAAACCCACCCCAGCACCGAGUGAUCUCAAGGACUUGAACUCAAACCAAGCUAUAUGAGCUCAGCAGAGCUGCUGCAGAGCUGAAAAUCCAAGUGCUGUCAAAGUAACCUCCAGUUGUACUGGGAGCUGCAAGCAGGAAUGCUGUUCUGGGGAAGCUUUAAAAUAAUGAAGUGGAGGCAGCUUUUCUGGAUUGCAUUCUGUGUUGUGAAGUUGUCUGGCACCGCUGCUGACAGCCCGACGGACACCCCGGCUCCAACAGCCCCGGCCACGGAGACAGAACUGAGCGGAACUGGCAGCUUGGCAGCCACCGGCGCCCUGGGCAGUGCCACGCCGACACCAGAGAGCCCCGACACAGACGGACCCGCUGCAGCCAGCCCCAGCUCCCCAGGGCUCAGCAGUGUUCAGACAAGCCCACAGCCAAGCUCACAGCCCAGCAAAGCCCCCCCGCAGGUGCUGGGCACCCACCUACCCCCGGAGGAUGCAAGCAGUGGGGUCUCCAUGACACCAACCCCAGAGGUCCACAUCAGCACAACAGAAGCCACCCAAGAAUCCACGCUGGCCCUGCUGAGCUCCACGGCCACCCCUGAGCUGAAGUCUGUCUCAGAAGCCAGCACACAGCCACACGUAGCAAGCAGUGUCCCCAAGCCCAUCACAUGCCACAACGUCAAAGACGUGAGCGACACUGGAGCCAUCUGCUUGCACCUCAACGAGUCCAACACCUGCAAACAAUUUUUAGAGAUGAAGGGAUCGGACUUGUGGAGUGCAAUAUGUGAGGAGAGCACCCGCCCCGUUCCCUCCCCCUGCCACAUUAAACUCGCUAAGUCUGAGGUGGACCACGACUGUCUGCUCCUCAUCCUCGUCAAUGAGACAGAUCCUGCUACAGAUAUGCUUCAGGAGUCUCACUGGGAAAAGUUCGGAAUAAAAUCCCUUCAGCGAGGGAGCGUGAGGAGCCACCAGGACUUUUCUCGGAAGACCCUGACUGCUUUGGUCACUUCUGGCCUCUUGCUGGCGUUCCUGGGCAUGGCCGGAUACUUCCUGAUGAAGCGGCGGAGCUGGAGCCCCGCGGGACAGAGGCUGGACGAAGACCAGUACGACAUGGAGAACGGCAGCCAGGGAAGCCCCACGCUGACGGUGGCCGGCCCCGAGCCGCAGGAGAAGCCCAGCCUGAACGGGGCGCAGGAGAACGGCGCCUCCUGCAACGGCCGCUCUGCCGGGCAGCGCGGCCUCGCCGACACCCCGAUGUGACCCCGCGGAGAGGGGCUCUGGGGGUUGCCGGGGGGCAGCGGAGAGCAAAGAGGGGGGCAGGAGUUUUCUGUGGACAGCGAGGGACUGCAGACUUUUUUUUUUUUUUAAAUCAUUUCUGUGAAGAACUUCCAAAUCUGCCUAAAGCACAUUAAACUCCAGCGCUACCCAAGUGCUGCUUCUCUGCUGCCUCCUACUUCUCCUGAUGACCACACAGGAAACUUUUUUACUGCCAUUCUCUGCUUUUGUUGUUAAAAGCACAUAAUGAGAAACGCAAGUGCACUUAGCCCCCGAGCAGCUUCUCAGCAGAGGCAGGCUGAAGCCUUGAUCCAGGCUCCAAACAGCCACAGUUUUUGGUGGAAGAGUGUUAGGCUGAUUAAAGUAGUUAAAUCGGGAUUUCGGUGACACAAACCUCUCAGGUUUCAGGGAAUUAUGGUUAACAGAGUUGUUUUUAUCUCAUCUUUAAGUGCAGGACUUCUUCCUCUUUUAAGAACAUCAGGCAUUUAAUCCCCUCCUUGUGCUUUGUGCCUUCUUUAGCAUUUCCUUCUCCUGUAAAAUCUGCUGAAGCUCUGUGUAAAACUUUCCAUGGGGAAUUGGAGGCUGAAGUGUGACCAGACCUUGAACUUGUUUUUGUUAGUCCUACCACUGUGCAGGUAGUUGUUUCAGAGUGACGCCUUCCCCGGUCUCCUCAUCUCCCAGCUUGGAGACAGCGUUUGACAAGACCCAGCAAGUGCCCCGUCCCUCGUGCGCAGGGGAGGUGCAAACAGCUGAAGUGGCUCUGGACAGCUCUGCCCGUGCCCGGGGCAUCGCCCUCACCCUGGCACAACUGUGGCCAUUGCAAAUAGGACAUUGGGAAUAAAAGACACCAAAGGGCUCCGUGUCUGACAACCGCUAGACAGAAACCCUGAUCCUGCUACGGAUGUUUCUCCCUCUGCAUUCAGCAGCGGGUAGGUGGGGGAAAAAAGAGAGAAGUAUUUUCACUUCGGUAACAAAAGGCCAACACUGAAAUGCCAACAGCGGGAGCAAGUCCUACCUAGUUCCGCUUCCCUGCGAAUUGCUCCUCUCUAACCUAAUUGUUAAUAAUCUCAGUGGGGGGAAAAAAAAAAAAAGUGAGUGUUUUAAAUGAACUUCGCUGCCGUGUCCUUGGAACAACUGCGUGUUUAUCCCCCUGGGACGCGUGGCUCUGGCUGCGCCGUGUGCCAGCACGGCAAGCGGACAACGCCUCUCGGAGACCUUGUUUUCCAGCAGCAGCACGAUGACUAAAAGCUGUGGCUUGUUCUGUGCGCCUUCUCCCUGUCUUUCAACAAACACGUUUGCAGGACAAGUGACGUACAUCGAAUUAUUAAACCUCGUUUGUUUGA